AUGAGUGGCCCACUCGUCCUUGAUCGCUCGAACUUGAGCAACGAAGAACCCGUACUAUCCUACGAUUCCAAUCUAUCCUCAGCACAAACAGCCAGAGAUCAAAGAACGCCUACCCAAAUCUUCCUCAACUGCCUCUUCACCCUCCUCAUCUGCAUCUGGUUCUGCUGUCGCCCGAACAUCCCUGUUACACCACCACCUCACACGAAAUGGAGGGAGUCGUGGAUACCCAUCAUCCGAGCCCGCGUCACCCUCGCGAUCUGGCUCCUCCUUUCACCUCACUUCGUCCUCGUCUGGGCCUUCCGUCAGUGGCGAGGUGCCACUGCUUUGAAGGAAAAAUACGCCAACUCUGGGCCAGGAUGGACGCGUGCACACGGGUUCAUGAUGAAUAUGGGCGGUUUCAUGUUGUACAAGGAAGGCCUAGCAACGCAGGUGCUCUCUCCAAAAUCCUUUGAGACCCUGUGGAGAUUUGGCGCGAUCGAUUUUCCAUGGACGAUGGAAGAGGAGAUCGUAGAUCGAGGAAAUUCGGGCGUGGCCCUUGCACUAUGUUUUGGCCUCCAGACGGUGUGGUUUGUUGGACAAUGCAUUGAGAGGAUGGCAAGGUAUGGAAGGGACGCGCUCACACUCCUCGAGCUCGAGACGGCGUGCAUCGUAGUCGUGAGCUGGGUAACCGCAGCCGUUUUUUGGGAGAAGCCCCUCGACUCCCGGGUUCCAAUCCGCGUUGACCUCAAGAUAGAGAUCGAGAUACCGGACGAGCGAGAACCAGGAUUCUUCUUUCCGAUGUUCGAGAACACCAAUGCGGAGCAGUGGAGGGAGGAGUCGAUCCAGCGCAAGCUGCUGGCCAUCCUAGCUGCAGAGUAUGGCCACGAUCCUCCCCGAAUCGAGCGAAGAUGUUCUCCCUUUACAAGCGUCCUCCAAAAACUCUGCCUCCCGUUUAGAUGGAUCAUAACUUCCCUAUACGGACCCUACAACCUGAUCGUGUACUCCCCCAGAUCUUUCCCCCGUGGAAUUCUGACCGUCCCAACGUUCUACCACAUCGACGACAAGGCUCUCGACAAAGUGAUGUGGCUUCAAUCCCUCGGUAAUAUCAUCUGGCUGUUAAAUGGAGCGGCCCAUUUAAUCCUUUGGACAUCACCUCAAUUCCAGAACUCUGAGUCGCCUAUGUGGAUGUGCCUGUGGCGCAUUUGUGUUGGGAUGACUAUCGCUACCCCCGCGUUGUUUUAUGCUUUGCAGCUGCUAAACAAAGCGAGUAGACAUCUCCCGCGUAACGGGGUGGGUUUACUGUUGCUGAUUGUUUUUGUGGGAUUUGCGGGAUUAGUGGGCCUACUCGGCGUUUUGGUUUGCGCGGUGGCCCGCGUCAUAUUACUCAUACAAGCGCUGCUCUCCUUGACCUCUAUGCCGCCUCAAGGCCUCCAGAGCGUCGAAUGGACAGGAUAUAUUCCACAUUUCGGUUGA